AUGGGCUCCUCAUCUUCAUUAUCCUCCCAUAAGUCCAACAAUGAAGAUCAGCUCUCACUUCCCAAAAGAUACCUGUACCUGCAAACUCUGGGUCAAGGUGGCUUUGGAAAAGUCAUCAAAUGUUUUGACCUAGGUACUUGUAAGAAUGUUGCAGUGAAGAUCAACAAACGCCAUAAAGAUCAUGCCAAGGAGGUGAGCUGCUGUCACAGAUCAACUUUAUAAGAACAGGGAGUGGGGCUGGAUAUGUUCCAAAUGCUAUUAUCAUGAUUUGACCAUUAACUACAUACGAAAUUACAGCACUGGAUUUUGCAGUGUAGAGUCAGUGAUUGCAAUUGAAUUUAUCAGGUCAUGUUUUGUCUUUCAGGUGUCUAUACUGAAAUUCCUCAUGCAACACAAAAUGCACAGGUUGAACAUUGUCAAGUGUUAUGGUGAGUGUGUUCUAAAAGGUGGAAGAGGUAUUGUGUUUGAGGCGUUAGAUAUCAGCCUCCUGGACUACAUCAACGACUUAAAAAACAAGCUUCCUCUGGAGGACAUCGGAAAUAUAAUCCAACAGGUAUAGCAUCAAAUAGAAAGCUAACAUAUACUCACCAUCUCUGAUUUUAUUUGAGCUACUUGUAAAGUAACAAAACCUUCAUAAACAAGCGUUUAAGAUAACUUUUUUGUUCUUAUAAUGAAUUUUAAUGCAGAUGACCGAAGCUUUAGGUGGCCUAAAAAACUGAUUUGAAACUGGACAACAUUGUGAUUGUGAACCGAAAGACACGACCACUCAAAGUCAAGCUUGUUGACUUUGGCUUAGCAAUUUUCAAAUCUGAAGCUAAGCUAGGCAGGGCUCAUCAAGUCACACCCUUCAGGUAUGAGAGCAGAUGUAAACUCGUGAAUUCAGGGCUACUUUUUUACUCUGGUGGUGAUAUUUCUCAGUUUUCACUAGUUUUGCUUUAAAUGUUUUAGGGCUCCAGAAAUUAUUUUGGGACUUCCAUAUUGUGAGUCCAUAGAUAUCUGGUCUUUGGGCUGUCUGAUGGCCAUCAUGGUGCUUGGUUGUAUACUCUUCCCUGGAAAACAUGAAUAUGACACAGUAAGUAAAUGACCAUAAAACUCUUAGGCUAUGUUCACACUGCAGGUCAAUUCAGGUUUUUUUUAACCAUAUGUGACACAUAUCAGAUUUUUUCAUGUAAGUGUGAACAGUGCAAUUUAGAUUUUUUCAAAUCUGACCCAGGCCUCUUUUGUAUGUGGAUAUAAAUCGGAUAUGUAUCCGAUGUGACUGCAGUGUGGACGCUCAGGUGGCGUUUAUCCGACCUAUACGUCAUCAAUAUGUGACAAACGUCACCAUUGUUCGACAACACAAACAGGCGUGGAAAGCAAUUUGUGCUUUGUGUGCAUGUGGGUCACUUCACGGACGCAUUCGGUUCACAUUAGAUGCAUUCAUUGUUGUAAUGUGAACGGCCACACAAAAAGAACGGAUUUAACAAAAAAUCUGAAUUGUGCAUCAUAACCUGCAGUGUGAACGUAGCCUUACUUGCUUUACACUCUUUACCUUGACAUUCAUGAACCACUCUAAAACAACAGGCCAAAGUUAAUGAUAAUCAAGUCGUUAAGAAAGAAAUUGGUUUUUUUAAAGGCCACUGAUGUUUUUUGUUUGUGUUGGUGUGUUAAUUUUACAGCACUGUCAUUGCUUCAAAGUGGGAAAUAAGUAUUUCUGUCACGAUUGUGAUGAUAGUGAAUCCUUAAUGGGAAUAAUGUGGCUAUAGUAACACAUUGGUAUGAUUUGUCUUAGCUACGAUUCAUCCACAACAUCCUAGGACCACCACCCGACUAUCUGCUCAGUGCUGGGAAGAAAUCCAAAUUAUAUUUCACAAAGACAGAUUCAAACAGGUGGACACUAAAGGUACUCAUCCUUUGGCUUUUUUAUUUGCUGGUUCUCAUUUUCUACGCUUCUUUUCCACAGUUAUUUCACUGAAUUAGCCAAAUAUGUCUCUCUAAAUACUUUUGACCUUCCUUUAGACUCCUAAGGAGUACUGGGGAACAACAAGUCACUCCACUGACAACAGGCGCUACACAUUUUGUUCUCUGGAUGAAGCAGAGAAAGUAGGUAUUAAAACUAUCCUUAUGAAGUGAUCUUGUUGGUGUUCAGUAUGUAGUUUGGGUAAUGGAUACAGGAGAAAAAAAUGACAUCUGUUGACAACAGUUUAUUCCUUUUUUUCUUUUAUUAGGUUGUUAUAGAAAAAUACCCCAGGGAAGAAGCCAUCAGGAGGCUUGUGUGCAUUGACCUUUUGGAAGCAAUGCUCAAGUGGGAUCCCCAAGAGCGGCGAACCCCCAGUGAAAUUCUUCAGCAUCCUUUCUUCACCCUUGAUCAUCUCAACAUGAGUGAUCAGCGGAUAUCCAAGUAAGUUGGGAUUUUUCUUGUUUUAAUUAAUUUUUUUGUUGCAGCAACAUUAGUUUAAAUUGUCAAUUGACAACAAAACAACGCAAGAUGAACAUGACACUAUUCUCAACAAAAGUGGGAAAGUGCACCAUGUUUUUCAUGAUACAUCGUGCUGAAGGAGUGUCAGAAUACUAACUCUAUUUGCAUUUCUGUGUUAAGUGUACACGCCACUCAGGCUCCUUCCACCACUCAGAGCGCCACAAGGAUUCAACAGGAUGCCACCGGGAUUCAAUCAUACAGUACAUGUCUUCCUCCUGACACGAGUAAGUCAGCUCCUUCUUUCUAAAUUAUGCAGAUUUUCACCAUUUUUGUUCAUUCUGUCUCAGAUUGAGAUAUUAGAAACUCCAUUUUUACUUUCAGACAAGACAACGAAAAACUGCUUCAAAUGCUUAUGGUCCUGUAUGAAGAGGAAUGCCUGUGUCUGCUCCAACAAGGUGGAUGUGAUGGAAUAAAGAUCACCACAAAGACUUUACAGCAAAAACACCCAGGAAACUAUUCUUAG